GAGCGAUGCAUCGAGUCCGUACCGGUACCGGUAAUAAUCGGCAAAGACGGAUAUUUCCGUUGUUGAACCUGUUUCAGCUUCGACGUCCGAUGCCAGGCCAGGAGGCCCCAGAGCAUGAGUAGCUUGUUCGGGCUAACAGAUUGAUGGUGUGGUAGUUGCUGAUGCAAGCAACAGAAUGAACAAGCUGCUGUAGGGGCAACAUGCGAUAGAUUUAGAAGCGGAGCGGAAACUUGUCGUCCGGUCGUGUCAUCAUCCGCCCGUCUAUGUCCGGAUUUAGGCUGUGCCCCUAUUUUGUUGUUUGUAAUUGAACUGAGAAGAAAAAUUCUGUGUAUCCGCUUGACCGACGCAACAACAGCCGCUGUCCUCCGGCUCGUCGCAUAGGGAUCUGGACAACGUUCACACAUUAUCAUGUAAACCGGGCAAGCAGUGCUGAUCUGCAAGCCUAUGCGCGACCGUGUGAGCCAUAUUGACAUACCGGCAUCACGAGAGAGCGAGGGCAGUGACGUUCCGUCGGACGGAAGACCUCGUCGCCAUGCAUCCCGUACUGAAAGUCGGCAGCCAGGUUCUGAUCGGGAUGGGUGCAGUGAUGGCCUUUGCAUUGGUGGUGACAACGCUGGUAGCAUGGGGACAGGCUAUGCCGGAGCAUGGCUACUUUUUCAUUAUCUUCCUCGCGCCAAUUGCUGGCUGCACCUACCUUGCUUGCUGCGGAGUUCGUCUGCUAUUUAGACGGCUUCACUAUGGCCAAAAUGUGGCUGACCCGCAACGUCUCAGCAUGCCCAUCAAUCAAAUGUAUUUCCGGUCCGUCAUUCCCGCGCUGAUUGGACUGCUUCUUGCACUGAACUAUAUCCUGACAGGAAUGGGAACGGCACAUGUUAGAGGCGUGCUACAGUCGAUUCUUCCGCUGACAUUUGUUCCGUUCACUAUGGCCCUGAGCUAUCUACUGCUUGGCUAUCGCCCUGUGAUGCUGGAGCUUGUAGGUGGCGGCACAGUAAUCUGCGGUGCCCUAGUCUCUAUGAUACCGGAUUGGAUAUCACCACCGUGUCAGAAGAAUGUCACCGACUUUGAAAUGGCAUGCUAUGGGAUCAACAACACUGCAUCUGUGAUGAGCGAGUCAAAGUGCUUCCGUCUCCAUCGCUCCGGGUCAGAGAUUGCAUGGGAUUAUUUGUAUCUAUUCAGUGUGCCGCUGAUAUGCAGCACAGGAGUACUUCUGGAGUUCUUUCUGAAGAAACGUGAUUUCCUCAGAAUCCCGUCAUCGUCGCAGCGAAAUGGUGAGGAACCACUGAUAUCAGAGGACUCACGACAGCGCCAUGCAAGAGAUAGCACAGAAGAUGCAACCAUCAGUGGCGAUGUGGUCGGAGAGCUGAACUUCUUCUUGGCAAUCGCGCUCAUCAUGGUCUACCUUGCCAUCUUCCUUGCCGCCCUCAUCUGGGUCAACGUUAUACCAGGAGUCGUGCCUUCAUGUGAGAACGUCACCCACUCAUUCAAGACCCUUGCCCAAAACCUCAGGGUUGCCUGGCGGUGUACAUUUUACAAGCAUGGCGGUUAUGAGAACAACCUCACCCGCACCUACAGUUCUCCACUCAAUAGCAGUCUGGCUGGUUCUGAAGUUUUUGAUGCUGUCAUUUGGCUACCACUCGUACCGGGUGAAGGACGCCGCAUGGUUUUCCUGGGCCGGCUUGGUUAUCGUACUGCUCGGGAUUCUCAUCUACAAGACCGCCUUUCAAUCAUCAAACUGUCAAGUCCACUCUCAAGGAUGGACUCGUCUGCAAGCUCCUUUACCUCUCCCGAUGCUGCUGGUCAGUCAUCGAGGAUCAUGGCGGACAUGAUGAGCCAGUUUGGAAAGGUCUCGCAGGUGAUGGAGCAAAUCGGCUCAGACGUUUCAAGUAUUGCGGAAUGA